AUGGCUUUGCGGCCACCCUCUCGCAUCCUCAAUGCCAACCUUAACCUCCUCCGCCAGUUAACAAGAAAAGCAACAGCACCAACGACGCAAUUCGUCCGAAACCACUCCUCCGUCUCCGAAGAUGAAUUAUCUCAUUUUUCCGCGUUAGGAAAUAGCUGGUGGGAUCCUGUGGGCCCAUCGCGGGCUCUACAUCUUAUGAAUCCCCUGCGUCAUGAGUUUAUCGCGUCAUGUCUUGCGGAUGGUUCUAUGGAGUCUGCAUCGGGGAAGAAGGGAUUGAAAUACCUCGAUGUGGGGUGUGGAGGGGGGAUAUUUGCUGAGUCAAUGGCGAGGAGGAUAUUGGAUACUCCUUCUACCUCUACCUCCAAUAACUCUACAACUACAACAGAUUCCGUCCUCGCCAUCGACCCCUCCCCGACCCUAAUCCAAAUCGCCAAAAAGCACGCGCGCACCGAUCCGCUCAUCGACUCCCACCUGCGCACGGGCAAGUUCACCUACCGCAACACGACGCUAGAGGAACUCGUGGCGGAGGAAUCGUCAACACAGGCCUUCGACGUGGUCACCCUCUUCGAAGUCCUGGAGCAUAUCGAUCCGGCUACUUCGUCGCCCGUGGCGUUCCUGGGGAAUUGUCUCCGGCUUCUUCGCCCGGGCGGGUGGUUGGUUGGGUCGACGAUCGCGCGCAGUUUACCUUCGUUCGUGGUGAAUCAGGUUAUUGCUGAGGCGCCGUGGCCGGUGGGUGUUGUGCCGAGGGGGACGCAUGAAUGGAGUAAGUUUGUUAAUCCGGAUGAGUUAAGGGGUUGGGUUGGGGAGGCUUCUUCUUUUUCUUCUGCUGCUUCUGCCGCUGGUGAAAAUGCUGCUGCUACUAUACAAUGGAAGUGCAUGGGUGUGAUGUAUAUUCCCUGUUUGGGGUGGAGGAUGGUUGGGGGGUCUGAGAGUUGGGGAAAUUAUUUCUGGGCUGUGAGGAAGGGUAUCUAA